GUCCUUUCUUAUAGCCCAAGCCAUCCUCAUCUCCUUCCUUGCUGCGUUUCGUUUCUUCCCCAAAAACCAAGGGGGAAGGCAAACUUUCCCCAAAUCUCAACCCCAAUCCCAAUCUAGGGCACAUGAGCCACCCCUCGUCGUCGUCCUCCUCCGCUCCCCCGGCGGCGGCCGAGGCCACCUCCCUCGCACCGGGAUUCCGGUUCCACCCGACGGAUGAGGAGCUGGUGUCCUACUACCUGAAGCGGAAGGUCCAUGGGCGGCCGCUCAAGGUGGACGCCAUCGCGGAGGUGGACCUGUACAAGGUGGAGCCAUGGGACCUCCCCGCCCGCUCCCGCCUCCGCAGCCGCGACUCCCAGUGGUACUUCUUCAGCCGCCUCGACCGCAAGCACGCCAACCGCGCCCGCACCAACCGCGCCACCGCCGGCGGCUACUGGAAGACCACCGGCAAGGACAGGGAGGUCCGCAACGGCCCCACCACCGUCGGCAUGAAGAAGACCCUCGUCUUCCACGCCGGCCGCGCCCCCAAGGGCGAGCGCACCAACUGGGUCAUGCACGAGUACCGCCUCGACGGCCAAACCACCAUCCCACCACAGGAUUCAUUCGUCGUGUGCCGUAUCUUCCAGAAAGCCGGCCCAGGUCCACAGAACGGGGCUCAGUACGGAGCUCCUUUUGUUGAGGAGGAGUGGGAGGAGGAUGACGAGGAUGUUGGUUUGCUACCGGUGGAGGAGAAGGACAACUCUGAUGACCAGGAAAAGGAAAUUUCUGGUGCUAUGGAGAAGGGCUAUCUCCAGAUGAGUGACCUCGUUCAGAACUUGGUUGAUCAAAAUGAGAAUGGUACCAUUGCCUUGCCAGUUUCUGACAAUUCAAACAACAGCAACCAUUCUGAAGACGUGGAUGGAAAUUCAGGGGACAUUUUAAGUGACCAAAACCUUGGGUCUAACUUUCUUCACCAUGUUGAGCCUGUGGAGCAAAAUGGCCUAGUGCUUAAUGAAAAUAUGUUUUCUAGUGCCAAUGCUGGAGACCUUUUUAAUAUAUCUAGCCCCAAUGAUGGAUUCCUAGAACUGAAGGAUUUUGCAGAUAUUGCAGAUUUGGAGAAUCCUUUAGCCAAUGAAUCCACCAUCUGGCCUUCUGAUGGUUGGCCCUGGAAAUCAACUGAUUCCAUGGAGGCUGUGAAUGGGGCUAGCAAUGAAUUUUCUCCCUUAGCUGGUGAACAGAUAUUCCAGCCAGAAGAAUUGGAACAGUUGUUACAGUCACUGCAAGAAGACUCUCAUAUGGGUUCAACUAUCUCUGAUCCCCCACAUUCAUCUAUAACAAAUUUAGCUAAGCCAGAGGAAGAUUGUCUAAUGUUCUAUGAUGCACCCUUUGAUUCUUCAAUGUGUGAUGAUGGUUUUAGACAGCUCAAUGGAUUUCUUGGCUCCCCAUCGACCAAUCUAUCUGGUAUUGACAUGGUGGACGAUGGUAUGCCGUACUAUGAUGCGAUGGAUGAUAACUUGUUUAAUGAUCUUCUGAGCUCAGUACAGCCAUCAGCUGGUAGCAGUUCCCAUGCUUUUAGUGGGCCAGUCCUUACUCAAGAGGUCAACAAUUCAACCUAUACAUAUAGUCCAACUCAAAAGGUUUUAGAACCUAAUUUUGUAGUUGGUGCCCCAUCAUCUGCUAGGUUACCUGAAGCGGGUAGUCAGUUAAAUUAUGUUGUUUUACCAGAUUCCCAGACCAAGAGUAGUCUGAUCGGGAAGCGUUUUGUAAAGAUACUGGAUUCAAUCUCUGCUCCCCCUGCUUUUGCAGCAGCAGAGUUCCCAGCUAGCCUUCGCAAAUCCUUGGCUCCUAUUUCUGGAGCUCAUCACAACACUAUCCGUGUCUCUGCUGAAGUAAUCAGCAUAGGAAGUUUAACUCCUGAUUCUCAAGAUAAGUGGUCCCUUGAGAAGGAUGAAGGCAUGGAGCUGCUCUUCUCGGCAGGUUUUGAGCCUGAUACCCGUGUACACUUUGGCUGCAACACAAUAACCGCAGUACUGCGUGGUGGCUUCUGCCUCUUCUUCUUUUCAGCAAUAAUGCUCUUGGUGAGCUACGAGGUGGGCAUGUGCAUCUAUGGCAAGUAGGCCUGCUGGUAUUGGAGACGUUAAGAACAUGACGUUAGGUAAUCCUAUCUGUAUUUGAGGCAAACUAGGGACCUCCUGCUGCUGGCUUAAUGUAUUGCACUGCAUGACAUUACAUGACCUCCAUGUGUUGAACAAGGGCUGAGGCUGUUUAACUAUAGCACUAGCAGUACCGUUUUGCAGCUCGAGAGAGCUAGUAGUGUAUGUAUGAAUUCCUCAGGUGCUAUUCGUAGUAGUAAGCGCGAAUUGAUUAUUAUCAGUUCAUGAUGGUGCUACUAUUCAUAUUCAUGUUUCUGGUUGGCAUGGGCGGUGCUAGUGCAAACUGCAGAGUGCUGUAAAUAUUCCCCAAAUCUGCAAUGAAUUGAACGAGGGUGCAUUUGCCCUUAUGACU